AUGACCAUGACUGCUCAGAAUGGAAAAGCAGGCAAGGACAGUGAGGAAGAGGAGGAAGAGAAAAAGGUAGCAUUGUCAGUUUCCAAGCCAGGUUCAGGAAAGAAGCAGAAGCAGAAUGAGACAACUAAGGAUGCAGAGACUCCUCAAGCCAAGAAGCCUAAGCUCCAGACUCCCAACACAUUUCCAAAAAGGAAGAAAGGAGAAAAAAGGGCAUCUUCGCCAUUCCGACGGGUGCGGGAGGAGGAAAUUGAGGUGGAUUCACAAGUGGCAGACAACUCAUUUGAUGCCAAAACAAAACCAAGGUGUCAUAUGAGUGGGGACUUCCAGGAGUCAAGGUUUGCUUUCUCCUCUUGGGCCAACCCCUCCAUCCAAGGUUUUGCUGUUUCUCUGGGCUUCAACCUGGAGGUAGAAAAUCCGAUGAGCUUUCAAAUGGGAAGUGCCGGGUUUGGAUACAGUGUGGUCCAAUAUGACAGUUCCUGGGUGGUGGUUGGAGCCCCCCAUGAGAUGAAGGCUGCCAACCAAAGAGGCGGCCUCUACAACUGUAGCUAUGCCACAGGGCAGUGUCAGCCCAUCCAGCUGCAGGUGCCCCCUGAGGCUGUGAACAUGUCCUUAGGCCUGUCCCUGGCAGCUGCCUCCAAUGCCUCCCAGCUUCUGGCCUGUGGCCCCACGUUACAGAAGGAAUGCAGAGAGAAUAUCCAUUUGAACGGGUUAUGCUUCCUGCUGGCCCCAUCUUUCCAGCAGAAAGAAAGGCUCCCAAUGUUCCAGCGGGAGUGCCCCAAGCAGGAACAGGAUAUUGUAUUCCUCAUCGAUGGCUCAGGAAGCAUCCAGCCUAAUGACUUCACCAAAAUGCUAAACUUCGUGAAGUCUGUGAUGAGCCAGUUUCAGGGAUCUGGUGCUCAGUUCUCCCUGGUGCAGUUCUCCUACAGCGUCCAGGUACACUUUACGUUCAGUGCCUACGCGGAAAGUUCAGACCCCCAGAGCCUGCUGAACAAUAUAUAUCAGGAAAAAUCGAACACCAGAACUGCCACAGCAAUUGAUACAGUCAGAAAGGACGUGUUCACUGCUGAGAAAGGAGCCCGCAAAGAUGCCACCAAGAUCCUCAUCGUUAUUACUGAUGGCUGGAAAUUUGGCGACAACAAGGAGUAUUCCGAAGUGAUACCUCUGGUCGAGGCUGCAGGCAUCAUCCGCUAUGCCAUCGGGGUUGGAGAUGCUUUUCGUGCAACAACAUCUAGGGAUGAACUAAAUAUCAUCGCCUCAAGUCCUCCCCAGGACUACGUAUUUAAUGUGGAGAACUUUGAUGCACUGAAGCAGAUUCAAAAACAGCUGAAAGACAAGAUCUUUGCCAUCGAGGGUACAGGGACCGGGAGCAGUAGUUCCUUCGAACUGGAGAUGUCCCAGGAAGGCUUCAGUGCGGCCUUCACCCCUGAUGGACCAGUUUUGGGGGCCGUGGGUAGCUUCGACUGGUCCGGAGGUGCCUUCCUGCACUCCCCCAUUAGGGGUGCCACUUUCAUCAACAUGUCUAAGGAGAAUGUGGACAUGAGGGAUGCCUACCUAGGUUACUCCACCCAGGUGGCCCUGUGGAAGGGGGCGCGGAGCCUGGUCAUGGGGGCCCCUCGUUACCAGCACACGGGGAAGGUUGUCAUGUUCACCCAGGAAUCGGGGCAAUGGCAGCCAAAUGCUGAAGUCACAGGGACCCAGAUUGGCUCCUACUUUGGGGCCUCCCUGUGCUCUGUGGAUGUCAAUGGAGAUGGCAACACUGACCUGAUCCUCAUUGGGGCCCCCCAUUACUAUGAGCAGACCCGAGGGGGCCAGGUGUCUGUGUGCCCCAUGCCCAGGGGGAGGGCUCCGUGGCGGUGUGGGUCUGUUCUCCAUGGGGAACAGGGCCAUUUCUUGGGCCGCUUUGGGGCGGCCAUGACCGUGCUUGGGGACGUGAACUGGGACAUGCUGACAGACGUGGCCGUUGGGGCUCCAGGAGAGCAGGAGAACCGCGGUGCUGUUUACAUCUUUCAUGGCACCCCAGGCCUGGGCUUGGGCCCUGCACACACCCAGAGGAUUGCAGCCUCCCAGCUCUCCUCCAGCCUCCAGUAUUUUGGGCAGUCGCUGAGCGGGGGUCAGGACCUCACCCAGGAUGGACUGGUGGACCUGGCCGUGGGGUCCCGGGGCCAUGUGCUGCUGCUCAGGACCAGACCCAUCCUCCGGGUGUCUGCAAACAUCCGCUUCUCACCUGCAGAGAUCUCCAGGACUGUGUUCCAGUGUCAGAACCACCAAGCCACCGUCCAGACACUGGGCCGUGCCGAUGUCUGCCUUCAUGUUACUGAAAGUUCUAAGCAGCAGCUAGGCAACCUUCAGAGCUCCAUGACCUUUGACCUGGCCCUGGACCCUGGCCGUCCAAUUCCCCGUGCCAUCUUCAAGGACACAAAGACACGGAUUCUGACCUGGAAUGAAGUCCUUGGACUGAGCUCGCAUUGCAAACAAGUGGAAUUACUCCUCCCGGACUGUGUGGAGGAGGCGGUGACCCCCAUCACCUUGCGCCUCAACUUCUCUCUAGUGGGCCUGCCCCUGUCUUCCUUCAAAAAUCUCACUCCUAUGUUGGAUAAGAACAUGAAGACCUACUACACGGCUUCUCUCCCCUUUGAGAAGAACUGUGGAGCUGACCACAUCUGCCAGGAUGACCUUGGUGUCACCUUCGACUUCUCAGGCCUGCAGACUGUGGUGGUGGGAAGCACCCUAGACCUAAAUGUGAACGUGACAGUGUCCAACGAUGGCGAGGAUUCCUACGGGACCACGGUCACCUUCAUCUACCCAGCAGGGCUGUCCUAUCGGCGAGUGACUGGCAGCCAGGUGCUUCCCCCUUGGGAAAGGAUGAAGCCAAGCUCGCUGUAUCAGCGCCCACUCACCCUGACCUGUGGCAGCGCCCAGACCCAGGAUCUGAACAUCAGGAGGACCAGCUGCCACAUCGGCCAUGUCAUCUUCUACGGUGGCACACAGAUUUUCUUCUUGGCUACUUUUGAUGUCUCCCCCAAAGCCAUGUUGGGAGACAAGCUACUCAUGACAGCCAAUGUGACCAGUGAGAACAACUCACCCAGGACCAGCAAGAGCACCUUGCAGCAGGAGCUGCCGGUGAAGUACGCGGUCUAUGCUGUGGUCAGCAGCUUGGAGGAUUCCACCAAAUACCUCAACUUCUCAGCCACAGAGCACGAGCUGAGCGGCAUGGUGAAGCACGGAUACCAGGCACAUAACCUGGGACAGAGGGAUCUGCCCGUGAGCAUCCACUUCUGGGUACCUGUAGAAGUAGGCGGGACAGCUGUGUGGACGGAAGUGAAGCUACACCCCCAGAACCCAUCUAUCCAGUGCUCUUCAGAGAGAAUAGUUCCCAAGCAGUCUGACUUCCGGGCUCGUAUGAAGGAAGAUCCCGUGCUGAACUGCUCCAUCGCAGACUGCCUGAGGUUCCGCUGUGACAUCCCCUCCUUCGGCAUCCAGGAGCAGCUGGACUUCCUCCUGCAGGGCAACCUCAGCUUCGGCUGGGUCAGCAAGACAUUGCAGAAGAAGGUGUUGGUCACAACGGUGGCUGAGAUCACGUUCGACACAGCUGUGUAUUCCCAGCUGCCAGGCCAGGAGGCGUUUCUGAGGGCCCAGGUGAAGACAGUGCUGGAGAAUUACGAGGUGCCCAACCCUAUUCCCCUCAUCGUGGGCAGUUCCGUGGGUGGGCUGCUGCUGCUGGCCCUCAUCACAGCUGCCCUGUACAAGCUCGGCUUCUUCAAGCGGCAGUACAAGGACGUGAUGGGUGAAGAUGCUGUCCAAGAGACACCACCCCAGUAACAAGCCUUCCAUGGAGUGGCCUUUCCAACAGCAAGCUAGGCUGUGGUCAGAUGAGCAUGUCAGUCUCCCAGGCUGCUAGACAGACAUGUUCUAGAGGAGACUGGGUGUUGAGAAGGAACCUUCUUCAGCUCUCUAUCCUGGAGACUGUGUGUGAGUGUGUGUGUGUGUGUGUGUGUGUGUCUGUGACUCACAAGUCUCUUGCCUGUGGGUUGUGUGGCCAGCACAGCCUGUUCUCUUGGGCAGAAGGAACUUGCUUGGCUUCCUUGUGUGUGGGUGAAGAUCCUGCUGGUCUGUGUCUGAGGGCAGAUCAGAGGGAAGUGAGCCUGUGCUGUCUACACAGAAGGAAGUGGAACUGGUGUGUGGGCCAAUCUGCAGAAAUGCAGGGGCCCAUGGGGCCAGCCCUGUGGGGACCCAAGUGGCUAGAAGCAAGAACCCAGGAGCUGACCAGCCUCUGACUUAUCCCAGAGUCUGUGGGCCCACAAAAGACAUCUAGUGAAGAAUGAGACAUCUCCUUUUGACCUGUGCAUCAGUCACCUUGGUGAUACCUUUAUCCUUCCAAAAUCUGCUCAUUGUUUAGAAAUCAAAAGACAUCCAGCCGCUGUGGCAAGCAUUCUCCCUUCCUAGCUCUUCUAGUCUUCUUCGGACAGUAAGGGCGGUGUAGACUUGAUUCUCCUUCAGAAAAGCUUAAGGCUCUGUGCAAAUGGAUACACCUGUACACACAUACACAUGAGCUGUUUUACACGCAUGCUAGUAACUUUACCCUGUGCUGUAUGUAGCUUGCAUUUUUUUUGGUUCUUAAUCUGGCUCAGAUCAUUUCACAUCAAGACAGACUUUCUCAUUCCUGCAUAUGACUGCAUAGUAUUCCAUUGUGAGUGUAUAACAUGCUACAAAUAAUCAGUCUCCUUUGG